AUGUCUAAUGAGGACAUGGAAAAGGACAAUGCAACUUUGGUGACAGAGUUUGUUCUCAGAGGACUGACACAACAACCACAGUGGAAACUCCCCCUGUUCCUACUGUUCUUGGCAAUAUACCUUAUGACACUUGUGGGAAACCUUGGUCUGAUUUCUCUGAUCUGGAAUGACCCUCAGCUUCACAUCCCCAUGUACCUUUUCCUUGGGAAUUUAGCAUUUGUGGAUACUUGGUUGUCAUCAACAGUGACCCCAAAGAUGCUAAUGAACUUAUUAGACAAGAGCAAGAUGAUCUCUCUCCCUCAGUGCAUGAUACAAUUUUUUUCCUUUGCAAUUAGUGUGACCACAGAAUGCUUUCUCCUGGCAGCAAUGGCUUAUGACCGCUAUGUAGCCAUAUGUCAACCUUUACUGUAUCCUGUGAUUAUGACCAAUAUACUAUGCUUCCGACUACUGGUUUUAUCAUUUGUAGGUGGAUUGCUUCAUGCUAUAAUUCAUGAAAGCUUUUUAUUCAGAUUAACCUUCUGUAAUUCCAACAUAGUACAUCAUUUUUAUUGUGAUGUUAUACCAUUAUUAAAGAUUUCCUGUACUGAUCCUUCUCUUAAUUAUCUAAUAAUUUUUAUUUUCUCUGGCUCAAUACAAGUAUUUAGCAUUGUGACUAUUCUUAUUUCUUAUUCACUAGUUCUUUUUACAAUUUUAAGAAAGAAGUCUGAAAAAGGCAUGAGGAAAGCCUUCUCUACCUGUGGAGCCCAUCUCUUUUCUGUGACUUUAUAUUACGUCCCCCUUCUCUUCAUGUAUGUGCAUCCUGCAUCUUCACAAGCAGAUGACCAAGAUAUGAUCUUUUCUCUGUUUUACACUGUCAUAAUUCCUGUGUUAAACCCCAUGAUAUACAGCCUGAGAAACAAGCAGGUCAUAGAUUCCCUGAAAAAAAUGCUGAAAAGAAAUAUGUAG